AUGAGUCGUGAAGGUGAAGCAGAAAUACCAGAAAUGGGUGAAGGUGGACGUGUUGUUCUAGUGUAUGAAUCCAUAAAUUUAGAUACAAAUUUAACUAUGGAUUUAAAUAAAUCAUCAAAUGAUAAUCAAUCGACAAUGUUGUCGAAAAAAUGUCGAUUAGUGACAAAGGGUACACCAGAAAAGUUAAUUGAACAUUUAAUAGCUGAUUUAUCAAAUGUUGAUAAUUCAUAUCCAGAAGAUUUCCUGUUGACAUAUCGUACAUUUUUAGAUUCACCUCGACCAAUUAUUGAUCGAUUGUUCUCAUGGCAUUUACAUCAUGCCAAAUUACGUUCACGUGUUAAUCGUAUCAUUCUAUUAUGGGUACAUAAUCAUUUUAAUGAUUUUGAAGAUAAUCAUGAAAUGAUGAAAUAUAUUGAACAAUUUGAUAAUAUGUUAUCAUCGGAUGGUACAGCUGGUGAACGUCGUCUAUUUCGUUUAGCCUGCAGUACAAAAGCUCGUCCACGUGAAGUGGAACUUAUUAUUCCAUUGAAAACUGUACGUCAUUUGAAUUCAGAUAAUAAUACUAAACAAAUCGUUGAUGAUAGCGCCGCUUUGUCAACAUCAUCAACAGGUGGACAACAACAACACUUGAACAAUUCUGUCAUUGAUCCACUACUACCAUUCACAAUGAUUGGCGGUGAAGAUGGUUUUGGUUUGUUUAUUCAUGAAGUACAUAAUUUAGUUGCAAACAAUAAUUCUGUAACUACUGCUGUCACUUAUGAUGGAUUGACGACCACCAAUCAAAAAUGUCUCACUAAUAAUAAUAACAAUAAUACAUCGUCAUCAUCAUCGUUAAUAUUAUCCUCCUCAUCGUCAUUGUCAUGUGAUUCCGGCUAUCCAUCAUCGUCAACAACAACAACAACACCAACAUGUACACUACCCAAUUAUUCACUUGUCCCAAAUCAAAUACGUCGUGCUGAUCAAUUAUUAUCAGUAAAUGGUCGUUCAGUGGAACAUUUCAAACCAAUCGAUGUGAUACAAUUAAUUCAUUCAAUGAUCAAUGCAUGUUGUUCAUUGGAUAAUAAUAAAAAGACUGGAUUGAAUCAUAAACAAUUAACCGUAACUGGCAGGUCAUUAUCUCCUACCAUUGUACAUAAUAAUACAACUACAAUAGACAAUUCUACCGGUGGAGAUCAUUCCAAAUCAUCGACAAUGACCGGUGUUACUUUUAAUUUACGUUUACUGGUUAUUUUUAAUCCAGUUCAAUAUUAUCAAGUUUUAAACUCCAUGAAUAAUACUAAUACCAAUAAUACUACUACACCGAUACUACUGUCAAAUUCAAUGAAACCAAUCAAUAAACCGAUCAGCACAUAUCAAACUGUGGAUGAUCUUAAAAAUCCGAUGAAAAAAUCAUCUGCUCCAUUAUGUGGAAACAUUAUGUUGAAUAAUUCAAAUGGCAACAAUGAAAUUUGUCGACUCAAAAAGCAUAGUUUAUCCAAAUUAAGACGACGUAUAAGACCAACUAGUAUAAGCAUCCCUGAUGAUCUUGUAAGGAAUUCCAAUGAUCCUUAUCUACAACAACAACAACAGCAACCGCCUACUUCAGCUGUACUCUUACUGCCGAAAAUGCCAUCACCUGGUUCUUUCUCAAUGCUUAGUAGUAGUAGUACACCGUCAUCAUCAACUUCACCAGGUAAUAAUAAUUCACUGAAACGACAUGGUCAACAUUUUCAAUCUUUAUUAACACAACAUGUCACCACCUCGGGUCGUUCAUCACACAGUGCUAAUACAUCACCAACUCGAUCAACAUAUUCUCAUGAAGAUAGUCAAGCAUUUUUUGUUGUUGGUGAUAAUGAUGAUGAUGAUGAUAAGACAACCACAGCCGGCACCACCACCACCACCACCACAACAACAAUUGGCAAUAAUAAACAGUCAGUUAAUUCUCCAUCACGUUGGUCACAUUCACUGAAAGAUUCGUCGAACAUCAUCAUUGAUAAUAAUCAUCAACAUCAUCCAUGUCGACCUGGUGAACCGCAUUCAUUGAAUGAUAAAUUGAACCAUAGUACAAAAACGCCGGCACAACAACCACUACCACCGCCACCACCACCACAACGAUCUUCAUCACAACCAGAUUUAAUCAUGUUGAAUGAAUCAUUCACUGGUGUUGGUGGUAGUAGUCGUAGUAGUAGUAGUAAUGUUACUGCUUCUGGUGCUGCCGCCGCUGCUACAACAACAACAACCAGUGAAUAUUCUGCAAUACGUCAACGAACCCAACAUCAUUUUGAUUAUUCAAGCUUAAAUUCUAGUAGCAACAAUAUUACGAGUCAUCAUCAUCAUCAUCAUUUAGAUCAAUUAUCUGUGAUACGUGUAUGGCGAUCAAGUGACAGUGGUAAAGAUCAUUCUAGUAAAUUAAUUCUAUUGCCAAGUAAACAAACCAGUGCACAUGAAGCAACACGUCUAUGUAUGGAAGAAUUUAAUAUACCAGAAGAAGAUCAACAUUUCUAUUGUUUAUAUCAUGUGACUGUGGAAUCUGGUCCAAUUGUGAAACAAAGUCGUCUAGCCAAUAAUCUAGAUGAUUUAGCUGGACGUUUAACAUUGAAUUCAAGAUAUUAUUUAAAAAAUUUACACAAUCAUGACCCACUGAUUGCAGAUGAUGUGGCUAAAACAAUUCUAACUGAAAGUCGUGUGACAUUUACACAGCUUCCACCAAAUGAAUUAGCUACACGUCUCACUAUUGAUGAUUAUGAAAUAUUUCGAUCGGUUCAAUCGACUGAAUAUAUUGAUGAAGUAUUUGGAUUGAGUAAUAGUAGUAAUACAGACACAAAUAAUAUUUCAUCAUCUGUUGGUUACGCAACAGGUCAUGAAAAUUUGGAUCGAUUCACUGAACUAGUCAAUCGUGAAGCUUAUUGGGCCCCGACAGAAAUAUGCAAUGAACCGAGUUUAAAUCGACGUGUUGAUUUGUUGAAACGUUUUAUCAAGCUAGCUAAAUUAUGCCGUGAAUUGCGUAAUUUCAAUACAAUGUUCUGUCUACUUGUUGGAUUGCAUCAAACACCUGUUGGACGACUAAAACAAACAUGGGAUCGUUUACCAAAUAAAUAUCAAAAAAUCUAUCGUGAUUUAAGUAUGGUAUUGGAUACAUCUAGAAAUUUUCAUCAUUAUCGUUCAUUGUUAUCAGCUGAUAAUGUGUCUGCACCAAUGUUACCUUAUUUACCAUUAGUAUUGAAAGAUUUAACAUUUAUUCAUUUAGGCAAUCCUUCGUGUACAUCAGAUGGUUUGAUUAAUUUUGUCAAAUUACGUAUGCUUGCUAAAGAGAUUCGUGCCAUUUGUCGAAUGUGUAAUGUGGAUUAUGAUAUAUUAUUAUGCACUACUACUACUACUACUACACCACAUCGUAGUCGUAGUGCUGCUGCUUCUCAUGGUGGUGGCAGCGGCGGUGGUGGCGGAGUCGCCGGUGUUGUUGGACGUUCACGUGCAGUGAAAGCUGUGACUGCUGUCUCAUCAUCUAUUAAUCCAAAAUUGUAUUUUUCAAGUCUUACAUCAAUCAGUAAUAACAGUAAUAACAACAAUCAAACAAAUAAUAGUCAUUCAGUUGGAUUAGAUUCGAAUUGGUCAGAGCAUGAUAUGGUUGAAGUGAAAUUCAAUCAUUCGAAUUCGUUUGAUGAUAGUAAACAAACACAACAACAACAACAACAUCAGCGUGAAAACAAAUUGAACAUUGACGUGAAUUCUAUCCAUUCAGCUAGUGGGACGAAUGAUUAUAACGUCGUCGAAUCAAACACAAAUAAAACUACACCACUUAAAUUUACCAAUGCCCUAAUCACCGAUCCAUCCACAUGUGUUGCUUCAUCACCAGCAUCAUCAGCGGCAGCAACAGCAGUUGCACAUAAUUCGACAACAUUCACCAAAUCUACUGAUUCAUUAACUCGUCCAAUUUUAGGUGCACAAUCCAUUGAAGAUGCUCGUAAACUAUUAGCUUUAAGUGUAGGCAGUAAACGUGCUUCACAGAGACGUUUACCAGCAUUCACUUUUCCAAAUUACUUUCAUUGUAGUAACAGCAAUAGCAAUAGUAAUAAUGGUGGUAAUCAGUCGAUGUUUAUGACGACAUCAUCAUCAUCACCAGUUGGCCCAUAUGCUGGUAUUGGAUUUGGUCAAUUGAAAUCUCAACAUAAUAACCAUAAUAGUAAUAGCACUGUUUUGACAUCAUCGUCUGCUUUCAAUACCGCAUGUUCUAAUCACUUACAUCCUCAUCAUCAUCAGCAGCAACAGCAACAGCAUCUCAGCCAUCUUCAUCAACAUCAACAUCAACCUCAUCAAUCUCAUCAACAUCAACAUACACAGAAUCGUUAUUCAACACAAUCGACUCGAUGUUAUAUGAAUGCUUCUGGUACAAUAGGCAGUAAAAGUUACCUAUUAGAUAAUCUUAUACCGAUGCCAUCUCGUAUCAUCACAGGUACAACAACAACUAAUCAUGUGGUGCUGUACAAUCAACAUCAUCAUAAUCAUAAUCAUAAUUCUGUAACAAAUCAAAUGUAUGCUCUAUUACCGAAUCAAAAACAUCAACAUCAGCCGCAGACGCAGCUGCAACACCAACAACAACAGCAGCAGCAUUCUUUGAUUCAACACCAACAGAUAUCUGCAUCUCCACCGCAUAAUCGAGGUCAAUCCACCAAUAAUACUACUGCUACUACUAUGAAACAGCAUUACAGUAGUCAGCAACAACAACCAAAUCAUCAGUCUCUACCAAACUACAUUGGAUCUCGUCCAGCAUCGAAUCCUAAUACUGCUACAGCGCUUCAUUCAUCAUCUUGUCGUGGUAUCCCCGUACAGCACCAGCACCAUCAACAACAACAACAACAACAGCAACAAAUGAUGACUUGCCCAUAUUGGCCUAGUCAUACAUCUGGUGCAAGUGGUGCCUAUCCUUCAAAUCAACAACACCAACACCAAAACCAACAAGCCACAGUACAUUCAGCUCGUUCUAGAGACCAAUCAUCAUUAUUACAACAACAACAACAACAACACCAACAUUCAACUUCAUUCAAUUCCGAUGAGAAUUAUUUAUAUCCAACAGCGAAUACAGUUCCACUUGGUGGUGGUGGUGGUGGUGGUGGUGGUCCAUUACUGUCUAUACCUCGUAAUUAUCGACAAUCUACUAUACAAAGAAUAAUUCCACAAUCUUUAAAAUAUCCUCAAAAUGUCAAUGUCCAACAACAACAACAACGAGUAGGAGUAGUACAUCAAUCAUUGAAAAAUGACCUGAUCAAUAAUAAUAAUAAUAAUACACGAUAUGAAAGCCAGAACAAUACUACAACUGCUACUACCAAUAAUCAUCGUAUACCAAAUAAUUUAUCAUCUGGAAUGAUGAAACAAACACCAGUUGGUCAUAUUUCCACGGUGCCAACUCAUACUGCACAAGCUUCAAAUACUAAACUUGACAAUAAACAAUUAUUGCAUGUUAAACAAUUGUCGGAUAGAAAUUCACAAAAUCCUAUAAAUUAUGUCACACCAUCUCCAUUAACAGUAAUGACAACAACAACAUCAACAGCAGCGGCAGCAGCACCACCACCAACUACAAUGGUGUCUUCACGUUCAGAAGUUAAUCAUCACAACAGUAAUCAUACUAAUAGUCAUUUGCAUUAUAGACCAUCGGAACGGAAUAAAUUCACUACAGGGUGUCAAUCAUCGCAACAACAACAACGUGUACAACAAGAACGACCUACUCCACCAUCAUAUCAACAGGUUUUAUCCAUGGCACGACAAGGUGGUAAUAAUAAUAAUAGUCAAGGAUCAUUGAAAAUAAUCCCUGCUCAUCAAUCUCAUUCACGUAAUAAUGAUAUGAUUUAUUCAUUGAAUGAACGCUCACAACCUCCUGCUGCUGCAACACAACGAACAAUAACAACUACAUUAUCAUCGUCUAAUUGUAAUCAUAAUCAUAAUUAUCGAGCUUCUUCAUGUAGUCCCGGUAUGAGUAGUAUAGUUCGUCCAAUUGGAAAUGAUCUCAAUACUGUUGCUACUGUUGAACCACGUCAAAAACAUACUGGCAGAAAAAAACAAAUUGUUUCAAACCAUACUACUUUUUAUCAUUAUCAUCAGUCAACACGUGUGACACACACUAACACCAUAUAG